UUUUUCAUUUACUGCCUUCUAGCAUGCUGACAACUCAGUUUUGCUGCUGCCAUAUUGGUCAACGUGGUAAACCAUGAUUAGACUUCUGAGCCUGGUACUGACCCUCAUCACAGCUGUUGAAUCUUGUUUAGUGUCCUGUGAGUGUGUAGACAACACCACCGUUAUCUGUAACAACAUGAAUCUUUUGGAGUUGCCUCUGACUCCCCAAGACACCAAGUACCUCUAUGCUACUCACAAUAAGAUUCAAGCUCUUCCCAGUGAAGGUUUGGAAAAACUACAGGUCCUUGAUCUCACCAGCAAUUACCUUAGUGUGUGGAUCGCUAAUACUGCCAUCUUUCCAAAUAUGAGAAGUCUUAACAAACUUUUUCUAAGAGGGAAUAGGCUCAGGACAGUUGUUGGUGGACAGCUUCAGGAGCUAAAGAAUCUCACCCUCUUGGACCUCAGUGAAAACAAAAUUAGAAUUCUCCCAAAGAAGUUCUUCCAAGGUCUGGACAAGCUUCAAAUACUUAUUUUGAGCUUAAACCAGAUACAUAACCUGUCCUACACAGACUUUGAGGGAGUUCCUGCCCUUAGUGAACUGCACCUGAGUAGUAAUAAUAUUGAACUGAUAGAUAAGGGUGUGUUUGAAAAUUGCAGCAAUCUGAACAAGCUCUUCCUCUCCAAUAACAAUUUGAGAAGUCUAGAGAAAGGGACACUGAGGGGUGCAUUGAGCCUGGCUCACCUUGACCUCAGUAAAAAUAGACUUAACACUGUGCCUACUGAUGCAAUUAUGGAUACGCUCAAUCUCUCCAGCCUUUAUCUUCAGAAAAAUGCUAUCACCUUUGUUCCUGGAUAUGCUUUCUCUAUGCUACCUGCAUUAAAAAAACUGUACUUGAGUAAUAAUGCACUUGUUAGUUUAGAUGAGAACUCCCUUAUGGGCCUUCUUCAUCUUGGUGAACUUGAUCUGAGUUCCAAUCAGUUGCAGGAUCUCCCCUCACUACUGUUUAAAGAUCUGAGGAAACUGGAAAGACUUAACCUAUAUGGCAACUCCUUGAUAUCACUUCGUAAAGGCCUAUUUAAUGCAUUGACCAGGUUAAAAGAGUUACAGCUUGACAGAAAUAAUAUUCAGACACUCCCACCAGAUCUAUUUCAUCCACUUUCAAAGAUCAGGUUUUUGCAGAUGGACAAUAAUCUAAUUUCAGAUCUCAACAUUUCCUUUGCAAAACUUAGAAGGCUUAAACAUCUUGAUCUGAGUAACAACACUCUGACAAAAAUUUCUAAGGGAUUUUUGCACAUGACAGAACCCCCCAAUGAUGUUGAACACCUAUCAUCACCAAGAGCUCCUGAACUCAAGGCGCUCCAUCUGAGUAGUAAUAAUAUUGAGGUGAUAGAUCAGGGUGCAUUUGAAAAUUGCACUAAACUGAACAAGCUCUUCCUGUCCAACAACAAUUUGAGAAGUCUAGAGGAAGGGAUGUUUAGGGGUGCACUGGGCCUGGCUCACCUUGACCUCAGUAAAAACAAACUCAUCACUGUGCCUAGUCAUGCCCUUAAAGAUACACCCAAUCUCACCAGCCUCUAUCUUCAGAAAAAUGCCAUCACCUAUGUUCAUGAGAAUGCUUUCUAUAGGCAGCCUGCAUUAAAGAAGUUGGACUUGAGCAAUAAUGCCCUUGAACACUUACAUGAGGACUCCUUGAGGGGCCUUCCUCAUCUUAUCGAACUGGAUUUGAGUUUCAACCACUUGCAGGACUUGCCCUUAAGAGUGCUUCAGGACUUGGGAAAACUAGAAAUCCUUAAUUUAUACGACAAUGACCUGGCAUCGCUUUCUGAAGGUUUGUUCUACAACUUAACCAAUCUAAGAGAACUACAGCUGGAAAGCAAUAACAUAGCCAUUAUCUUACCAGAAUUAUUCCACCCUCUGACAGAACUCAGAGAACUACAACUGGACAGCAAUAGAAUUCCUGAGCUUAACUCAUCUCUAUUUAUAACAACGACAAAGUUGCAGAACCUUUAUAUUAGCAACAAUGUUCUUUUGAGAAUCCCCAAGCACUUUCUCCACAAAACACAUCAUCUGAAAGAGUUACAUCUGAUGAACAAUCAAAUCAACUCUAUCUCAAGGCUUGCUUUCAAAGGCCUUAACAGACUCCAGUCUCUGAGCCUCAACAAGAACCACCUUUCUGUUCUGCAUGCAGAGCUACUUACUGAUCUUGGUGAAUUACGGGAACUAUGCCUUAAUGAAAAUAAAAUAGAGAACCUCCCAGCUGGAUUUUUUGUAGGGCUUAAAAACCUGAGGACACUUGACUUGUCAAACAAUUACUUGACUACCUUGUCUAAUGAUGAUUUCAUAGGCCUGUCCACACUGAAAGAAUUGUACCUGAGUUUCAAUAAGCUUAAUGAACUACCACAUAGCACUUUCAGGUCUAUGGGAAACCUGCGAAAGCUUUUUCUGCAAAACAACGACCUGUUUUAUUUAGACUCAACAGUGUUUUCACCUUUGAUUUCUUUGCAAGAACUUGAUCUGGAGAGAAACCAGCUGUGUUGUCUAACCCCUUUCCUUUUCCAAAGCUUGAAGAACUUGAGACAUCUACACCUUAAAUCAAAUCAACUCGUGUCACUGGAGUGCGGGACUUUGGACACUCUGACAGCUCUGAAAUCCAUUUAUCUCAGUGGAAAUCCAUGGGAUUGCUCUUGUAAAAAUAUUGCAUAUAUCAGCAAAUGGAUUAAAAAUCACACUCAGUUGGUGAAGGACGACCCCACAUGCUUUUCUGUGUCUGGAAAACGUCUUCAUCAAGAUAUCUCACUAUUGCUGCCACAAGGUUGUGUUAGUGUUGCCUGUUUCUCUAAAUGUAUUCCACAAAUGCAGAUGCUAACAAUGAUUAUAAUUUUUAUCACAAAUAUUCUUUGAGGUCUCUUAGCUUUUGCUUAAAAUCAUGUGCUGUAGUGCAUUGUGUGCCUGGAGUUCAACAAGCUUAAUAAUUUACAAAAUAGCACUUUUGAAGA